AUGGUUGAAGCUAGGGCCAUUGCGAAAGGCCUUCAGUGGGUGUGGAACAGAGGUAUUCGUGAUCUUGAAGUCCAGAUUGAUGCGACUGAAGUUCUGAAUUGGAUCACUGACCAUACUAUGCUCAGAGGUCCUGCUCGGGUGAUUGUUGAAGACAUCCGUGGUUGGCAAAUGAGAUUCAGGAAGUUGGUUCUUCGAUCAAUCUUCCGCGAACAGAACAUUGCGGCUGAUCGACUGGCUACCAUUAGGAGCUCUCAAGAGACAAAUUGGAAAGACCACAUUGAUCCUCCUGUCGGGCUGAAUGAGAUUCUCACUGAUGAGAUGAUGGGCAUUCCUUGCAUGCGCAUGGUGGUUUGCAAUAACCAUGCUUAG